CACUGCUCAAUCUAUAACACUUACAUGCUAGAGUUACCCGAGAGUUAUAAUGAAAAUAUUGUGUAUAUUCUAGUAAAUAUAUAGACAUAUCCUUCCUGUUUAAGCGUUUAUAAAUUCAGGAAAUAACCGUAUUUAAUACGUAUUCAAUAUUUUUAAAUCAUUAGACAGUCUGUUAUUCAAUGGAUAUUGACGUUUAACGUUGUUAAGUAUAAAUACAUACAAAUUCAAAAUGGAGGUAGCAAACACGAAAUUCAGCACUUAUGGCAACGGCAUGACGUUUGACCCCAACAAGGUCAGCCUCACCGAUGUUGACCCUGUCAGCAAUGUACCGUACUUACACCAGUCAUUCGUCCUCCACACUUUCGUACCUAUAAGAUAUGUCAGGCGACAGAAACCUUUCGACGAUCCAAUAUUUACGGGAAUGUAUCCAGAGGGAUACCGUAUUCCAACAGUGCUCACAAAUGAUACUAAAGGAAACGUAUUAAAAAAGACAACAUUUGAUGAUGCUGUUAUAUGCAUGAUGGUGGGAAAGGAAACUGUGGGUCCGGAUGACGAGAACGCAAAGGAUAUAGAUAUCCUCACAAAUUUAGGGUACACACGCCCGGGAUAUCUCUAUCUUGACCCUAAAGGCCAAACACGACAGGCAAAAAGUGCUCCUGCAAUCUCGCGAGAACGGACGAAAACGAUGUUACAGUCUGAGAUCUCGUCACGUGGUACGUCUUCGAGAACUUACCUGAGAAAACAAAAUCAAAUGAAUGACGAGUCAGAUAUUGCAGAAGAGAACGAAUCGCUCACUCCUAGAUCAUUUUCAGCAAAACCCUCAGCAAAAACAAAACGGAAAAAGUUGCCGGACAAUGUAGAAUAUGCCUUUGCACUUAAACAUCCUUCUUGGCCGGAACCUGCUUCAGAAUGGGGGACACGCGGUCGUAAUUUUGGAUGGCCUGGGAAAAGGAUCGAAAAGAAGAUCCUGUCGAUAGGAUGUCACGUGACCCCUGGAGCUCAUCCAAAAAGCGAGGAUCCUGAUGGAAUUGAAUGGGAAUACACAUUUUAUGAAGCCGAGCGAGUUCUUGAUAAGGAAGCGAUAUCGUCUGUCCAGCGACAGUGCUUUAUUGUUUUCUGUUUGUUAUGUAUGGAAUGUCUGGAAAAGAAAUCCGUUUCUCUACGUCAGCUUAAAUCGGUGUUGUAUUUUGCUUGUGAAACAACAGAUCCUCAAAUAUGGCGGACGAACAAGGCUGUUUGCGUCAACAAACUUUUGGACAGUCUACUGGAUGGAAUUCGAAACGCUAAUUUACCUGACUAUUUUAUACCGAAAAAUAACACUUUAAGUCACUUAGAGAAAGAACAAUUAGUCCAGUUAGAUACAGAUAUUUCUGCUGCCCGAAAAAAUCCUGCACAGUUCUUGUUGCAAUACACAAAUUCAUGCGCAUUUGUUAACAUAUUCCCUUUCUACUGCAACGUUGGUGAACUCUUUAAACCUUUUAUGCUGAAUGCAGACGAAUUUUCGAAAAAGCAGGAAACCGAAAAAGCAGUCAGGGCUCUACUAACUGUAACUGAUGAGUUAUGCAGCAGUUUUUAUUUGGACGCUGGCUUUGAGAGUUAUGAGGAGUCGUAUGAAGAAAUCCACAUCUACAUACAGUCAUUAAUUGCUCACGGGGUCUCCGGUUUUGAAGAAACAAUUGAGUACUUCAUAAAACCUUUGCAAGGCGACAAAGAAGCUCAGAAACAUCUUCAAUUCUUACCCCAGUUAUUGAGUCAGAAGAAUAUAUCGCUCAGUGAAAAGUUGCCGAAACAUGAAAUUUGGCGCCCGAUUAGAAUGUGUCGUCUGCUUAUACAAAAAUUUGCAAACGGCAAGGAAGGAUCUCAUCUAUUUGACCACCUUGGUUGCAUGUAUCACUCCGCAUCGAAAGUGUUUGAAGACCAGCGUCAAGAUACACUGAAGAAAGCAGACGCCGCUUUUAAAGAUGCGCUUGGUAAGGACGAUUGCGGAAUUGGCACUUAUGUUGACUAUGGUCGAUUCCUGUGUAAAACAAAGAAAUAUGAGGACAGUUUACCGCUACUGAGAAAAGUGGUCCUAAAAGAAUUAAAGAAUCCAGAGAGCAUGAAUUUCUACGGCCGCAUGGAAUCGCUAGUUGCUGACGAGUUUGUUCAAAGAGAAAUAGAAGCAACAGAUGGUUUUGAAAUAUUGUCGUGUGCAUACGCGUUGUACCUCACAUGUGAAUGCCAUAUUCAGCUGAAAAAGAAAGGCGACCUAAUGAAAAGCUUGAAACAGUUCGAGGAUCUGUGCAGUCAGUUGAAGGACCCACAAUCUUUGGCGUUGCUUGGAUACACGUUGAUGAAACUACACCAGUUCAAAAAGGCAGGGGCGUUUUUCAAGCAGGUACAAGAGCUACAGCCGCAGAAUAAACUCGUGAAAGAUAACAUAGCGGCAUGUGAGAAACAUAAGGCUCGAAAUGUUUCUGAUGAGGAAUUGAACCUAGACAAAAAGCUAACGAAACUAAGUUUAUGGGCAUAACAUGUUGACACUAGUGUGUGUCCAAGUUUAAAAAUAAGAUUUUAUGCAAUGAAUUUGUAUUUACUAAUGUGUUCUAUGCUUAAAGUGCAACGCAUUCUGCUAUCCAUUACGCAGUUGUUAGAACAUUUAAUCACGGACAUACCUAUCAACAAUCACAUUAAUUAUUGUUCUGGCACAAUUUGUCUCAUAUCAUAAGUUUUGUAGAAACGUGCAGAUAUUCUGAAUUAUGCCGGAACAAGAAAUACAUUUACAGAAAAAGUG